AAAACUUUAGACAAGUGUUCAUUGAAUCUUUGGAAUAUAAAAUGUGAGAGUUAAAACUUUAGACAAGUCAAAUUUUCCCAACUGGAGAAACGAAAGAUGAGCUUGGGAGCAGCAAAACGUGUGUGGCAGUGUUUUUAGUCCAAGUAGAGCCGUGAAUCCCCCAACUAACUCAACGCUGCCAUUAUGACUCUCCCUCUACCUAUUUCAACCACUGUUAUUUUCAGAUUUUUUAGUCUCUCUACAUACACAUUAAUCCCCUCAAAAAUACAUGUUGAUCUGUUGUGGUCAAGUAGUCAGGAGGUGGGUUUCCUCCUUUACCUCAGCUUUUCCUCAGUCCGGAUUCCUCUUCAAGUUGCUUGCUAGAUGCGUCGUAGCUUGUCUUACUUGUAUUUUUGCUCUAGGUGGAGCUACCAUAGGCGUAAUUAGUGGAGCUCUGAAAGGGCAGACCACUGAGACGGGUCUUGUGCGUGGUGUUGGUGUGGGGGCAGUGGCAGGGGCUGUCACGGCCGUCCAGUUGAUAGAGCUUAUAUUGGAUGGAGAACCAUUUUCCAAGCCUAUGGAGGCACCAAAAGGAAAGUCAUGUGCUUUACAACUACACGUUAUGAAAAGGUUAGCAUUGGUUUGCAGCCUGGUGAAUGGAAAGAUAUUUAUGGAAUGGGUCAGUCCAGCUGUGUUAAAAGCAUAUCAGUGGCAGAUUAACACUAUGGAAACAGGUUUCAGGGAAAUUUCGGACAUAUUUGAAGUGAAUCCCAUCAGAGGACUAUCUCAAGAUGCAAUCCAGGAGCUGCCAAGUUUCAAGUUUAGUGCUGCAAAGGCUUUUGUACCAUGUCAAGAAGCUAGUUGUUCCAUUUGCUUACAGGAUUUGAAGCAUAGAGAAUAUACAAGGCUGCUGCCAGCAUGUCGGCAUUUAUUCCACCAGUACUGUAUAGAUGAAUGGCUCGUCCGGCAGGGUACCUGUCCAAUUUGCAGAAAGGAUGUCUAGACUAUAUCAAAAGAGGAAACAAAAUGAAAAUAUUAUAAAAAAUUGCGAUUAAAAUGGUUCAAGAAUUUUAUGUUCAUGAAUCAGACAGACCACUGAGACUUGAAGUAUCCUAGUAUUGUAAGCAUAUAUAGUUGAAGUUGUAAUCACUAUAGAGACUUGAAGUAUCCUAGUAUUGUAAGCAUAUACAGUUGAAGUUGUAAUCACUAUAGCCACUU